AUGAUGCGUUUCAUUAGUGAUUUCGAACGGAUAGACAAAAUGCGCAAUAUGAGAGUGAGUGUAUUUUUCGGGUUUCCCUCAACGUGUAUGUUUUCAGUUCACGCUCCAAUUCUUCCUCACCGUCGAGAUAAUCAUGACUGCCCUCGCCUACCACUCGAUGAACACGUUCGACAUCUGGCUGAGACCGUUCAACAAGCUCAUCUACCUUCCAGGAUUUGUCGUCUUGGCGCUGAGUCUCUUCCCGAUAACUCUCUGCAGCGCUCUUAAUUUUGCGAGAUUUCGUGUCAUUUGGCGGGUGAGUGGUUUUGGGAUUGAUUCAUAUAGUACUGAUUUUUUCCAGAUUUCGCACAUGAUCGCAAUUGUCGGAGUCUACUACAAGUACGGAUUCAUUAUGAUGCCUCCUGCUUUUGUCUUUUACUACAGUCUCGAGCUGGGAUAUAUGAUUACUGGAAUCAAAAACCGGCAGGUACGAAUCACAACAUGACGUUUAAAAGGAAGAAUUAUUCUGAUUUCAGAUGCAGUGGCCAGGCAAGUGGAUAGCUGAGAUCACCGAAAAGUUGCAGGACGUCGACGAGCAGACUAACAAGGACCGUCUACCAUACCCGUUCUCGUCUGUUGCCAACGAGGUUGUUCGCGACGACUGUACCUUUGAAGACGAGUACAUCGAUGACUUGUUCGAGUAUCACACCGCUCACGAGGAUGUCCUGUUCCCUGUCAUAAGCCCGAAAGCUCGUGGAAUCUUUAUUGUAUAG